UAUAGAUUCAUUUACAGUAGAUACACCAGGUAAGAUCUCCAUCCAACAUGAUGCGGACUGUGGCGUUUCUUUUGGCAGUCUUUUGCGCGGCAGUGUGUGGGUACGGAAAAGACGUCAGACAGUGCAAAUACACGGACGCCUCGGGGAAGACCUAUGACUUAAGUCCUCUCGUAAGCACAAAGCCUUUCAUAUGGACGCAGACACUUUACGUCAUCAGUAACAACAAAUGGGACAACUUAGCAGCAGACGACACGAUGAAUGUCACAAUCCAAUUGUCUGUUUGUCGUAAUGAGCGGUCCAUGAUCAGUAACAACUGCAGUACCAAUGGGUCUAUUUAUACGGUGGACAAAACUAACGGCUGCAUAACGUGGGGAGAUGCCGAGGUGGCAGCCUUUGACCAAAACCCAUACAAAGACGGUGUGUUCCUACAAAUGUUUCACGGCAGCGUGAUAGACCACCCGACCAAAUAUUCGUCGAAUGUCUACUUCGUUUGUAACCCUAAAGUGGACGUUCCCAAACCUGUGAUGGAGCACGUAAAAGUUGGAACAAACCAAGCCCAUUUCAAAGUAGAGACAAAAUACGCUUGUUAAAAGACAUCAUUUGAGGAAUUCUGUAGAUUCGAUACUACAUGUAGUAUUUAAUUAUAUGUGUUAGUUUUAGAGUACAUGUGUACUGUGUUGGAAAAAAUCCAAAUUUCAACUACAAUGUAUAUAAAAACUGAAAUAAAGGAUUUAAAAGUAUCAAA